AUGGAUGAUCAAACAGCACCUCUCAUUCGUUUAGUUCCUAGUAAAACAUGUUUAAGCUAUGACCUCAAGAGUGCUACCGAUUGGUGGCCUCUUGUGUUUCUGUUUGAAAGGCUUGCGCUAUUGUUUGACAGGUCAUUUGCUUCAAGUGUUGUGAAUACAACAUUAGGGACGAAUGUAUUUGAGGUACCCUUCGUUAAGAGGGCUCUGUCUCAAGUGUCCUUUGUGACCGGUCAACCGUUAGGCUAUUAUGGUUAUUGGCCUUUGUUCGCGUUCACCCAUCAUGUUUUGGUGUGGUGGGCUGCGGAACAGGUUAGACCUGGGAUCCUGUUCGACAGGUAUGCUAUAUUAGGUGAUGAUGUUCUCAUCACCGAUCCACUUGUGGCGGAACAGUACCGGCUAGGCUUACAACGGCUUGGUGUUAAGAUAUCCACACACAAGUCUUUGAUAUCCUCAACUGGUGCUGUAGAGUUUGCCAAACAAUUUCUGGUCAAGGAUAUGAGGGUUAACCUCUCUCCUGUGUCCAUGAAAGCUUUAUGUGGCUUCCACCACCCCCACGGAUACUACUUCUAA